GACUAGUACUUGGUAAAGCUUGCCGCGCUCAACACGUGAACCACUAGGUAAUGCGGCGCAGCGCGUAUGUCCCCGUCAUGAUCGGCUAGUCGCGUAGCUACUAAUGAAAACAAACCGUUUGCCGUCGGAUCAAAUAGUGUUUAUAGUGUUUCAAAAUUUGAUAAUGAUAGUGUUGCAUUUAAUGCAAUCCUUCAACCAACGACAGCUGUAUUGAGAGCUAGAAAAUGAUAAAUAGUAUCAAAAAUGUGCUUUGUGGUGAGAAAUGAUGAAAUCGAAGAUCCAAAACGUGCUAAAUGCUGCAGAAAUCGAGAAAACUAUACAAUGAAUGACGUAUCGACCGACAGCUACUGAAACGCAUAUACCUCUCUUUACUACACACACGUCGAACUGCCAAUUAAUCGUGCACAUAGGAAAAGAUGCGGAUGCUUUUGACCUUAAUCCUAUUACAUUUAGCAACAAGUUUAAGUAAAGAAACAGCGCAAAAUAUAGUGCAAAGUAGUUCAAGUAUUAUACCUGCAAAACUUCCAUCCAGAAGGAAUCACGGCAGGACUAUAGAGCGACUGAUUGGUGGUCAUGUGCUCUUCAAUCGCGAAGUAUAUAGGAAUUUAAGAAAUAUCAAUAUAAAAAAAUCAAAUAGCAGCUCGAAUCUACAUGCGUUUAACCGUGAUAAGAACAUACAUUUAACGGAUAAUAAUGACAUUGAUGAUGAGUUACUACUUAUCACGGCUAGCGCAGGAAAUGGCAAUGGCAAAGAGGCAACUAACAGUACCAAGAAAGAAGAAAGUAAGAAGACCCUGUCGGAUCAGGUAGCCGAAGGGAAAUAUGGUCUUAUUCAUAAAGAACUAUUUACUACAACACCCAAAAGGCCAGGGGUUUUAAGUUACAAGUCAAAUUCAGAAGUACCUAAAGACGAUGCGCGAAAUUAUGGAGGAUUGGAAGAUGAGGAAAUUUGGCUUGCUGAAGAUCAUUUGUUGGUCCUCAAAGGGGGAUCUGUCAACAAAAAUAACAAUAAGCCAAAAUGGAGACCGAUUGAUGACUAUGAUGCUCCAACGAGACAGGUUAAACUUCCCUUGAAUCCAAAAGUUCCGCCUCCAUUUCCUGUCCAGCUCACCGACGAUGGACCGAUACAGUUUAUCGGAAAUAAUCAACUUCCGGUAUAUAAUCCGUUCACAAAUCAGACAGUUUUUCUCUUCUCUAAUGAAAGAGUCCCAGACAUUAAAGCCGACGAUCUCAAUAAAAAGAAUCCCCCUCCCUGGAAUGGAAAGGACGGCCCUCCUUCGCAGUUUAACGGAUACCAAUACCCCCCGCCAGCCCCCCUCCCGCUCGGCAAGCCAAACCAGACGUUUUCGAAUCCCUUCCUAAAUUUGCCACCAUUACCUCCUUUUCCACUCCCACCUCCCGGUUCAUACGAUGAGCGUAAUACCACCGAUAUUGAUGAAGACGACCCAUCGCUUUACUACCCACCUCCAUAUAGUUUUGAAUACAAGAGUAAUUAUAGCAAUCCGGUGUCCCCAGGCCCGCUUGUUCCUGGUAUUAUAUUACCACCUCCUCCUAACUUUUUUGCCCCACUUGACGAAGAUAAAAAACCCAUCAAGACACCACUAGACGUUUUGAAUAAAAUAAACGAUAUCAAACUCAGAGAACGACUGAAAAAUACAACUUCAUCACCAAUAGUGACCACAACUAUCAAAAAUUUACUCACUACUUCUCCAACGAAGCCUAUGAAAAUUAAACCGCAAAGGGUAGAAACCCCUAGCUAUAAAAUUGAAAUUGAAAAAGUGAAUAUUAGAAAGUUUCCAGAAAACAAUGAAACGACGGUAUUGAGAACUGUUCGACCGCCUAACAUCAUGUCAGCUACAACGACGAUUGCACCACCAACAAAAAAACGGAUUAAAGUAAAACCACCCUCACAAACGAGAACUCAGCUUCAUAAAAUCAAUGCUCCUAUUGCCCCUCCUCUUAUUUCAUUAAGUCCAGACAAUAUCAAGGGUAAUCCUAUUUAUUUUGAAUAUUUUGAUGCCCGUACUCCUACUUCGCAUCCAUUUGAAGAUUUUUCGAUUACAACUCCACUCCCAUAUUUGACUACAUUGACUGACGUCAGCUACAAUAACCACUAUCAGCCAACAACCGUGAAUCCCCUUAUCAACCAACCUGUUGUAAAACCUAAACGGCCUCCUUCAAAAACGUAUCUACCAACGAAAAGCAAGGAUCUACCUUAUAAUACUCCUGAUGCGGAGAACUAUCGUUAUAAGACUAUGCAAGAAUUCAACAGAGAAAUCGAAACCAUUCGACAAACGUUAAGGCUCUAUGAACAAUCGGUUCCAAUAAUCAACAAUAUACGAACUCCAAAGGCAAGGCCAAUCUACGAUUUCUCAAUUGAUUUGAGACCACCCAUUACUUCUCCAGUCCAAACGUACCAUAGCCCGAUUAGUAUAAAUCCAUUCAACCAUCAAGCUGUGUCCACCCAACCAUUGAAGAAUGAUUUCAGACCCACCGCACUACCAUACAACUCAAAUUUCUACAACCAUCACCCCGCUAACUUUCAGCCUAUUCAAACAAGACCUUUGCAACAUUACGAUAAACCGGAUCUACAAAACAAUUACAAAUAUAGGGAUCAUUCUGUCAAUGUGGAAAUAACUAGUGCAAGUCCACACUCCGGCUACACUCCAUUUACAACUCCGAGACCUGUAUAUUACGAUCAACAACCUAACUGGUACAGUAUUGAAAAGGUCAGGGUUCACGAAAUACCCAAGCCUCUAAUCUACAACAAUGGAGCGAGCGGAUACAAUCCUAAAUUGUAUCUCCCCGGUAAGUUCACCUAUCAGACCAAUGUCCCUUCGAAAACAAUUCUAACUCAAUCAAACCAGCAAUACGACAACAAUCCCACACGGCAGGCAUCUUCCAGUGAGCGUCAAAAAGCAAAAUAUUCCCAACGCAAUCAACAACAAAACAAUGAAGGAUAUUUAGAUAAAGAUAUUUUGAUUAAUUAUAAACAUCCGCUACCUGCUAUCAAUCCCGAUAGUGAGCUGUUGCCAUAUAACGGUAGGAACGCAAAACCAAUUAUUCAAUAUCAUUUACCCGGCGAGAAGGCCCACGUUUAUUUCAUCACUCCACAAGAACUGAAAUAUCCAUAGUGUAGAGCUUUAUACCGAUAGUAAUUGGAACGCUGUGCAAUGAGUUAGGAAACAAAACACGAAAUGUCAUCGAAAACAUCUGCUGAUUGUGAUAAUGAAUAACAAAUAGAGUGUGGAUAUAAUAAGUCAUCUUAUGAACUUGAAGAGAUAUUUAUUUCACGAGCUAAAUAAAUUAUUAUUUACCGCUUCAUUGCUCAUGAUCAUAAAUUUUGAUUUUGAAAAGGUUUUGCCUGAAUUCGCUAUAAUAUAUUAGUUAAAUUGGA